CUGCUGUUAGGUGUUGCUCGACAUGUAUUGAACGCAGCCGCAGUUGUCUGGUUCCUGUCUCAGUCGCUUGCUGACUGCUGGUUAGCAAAACAACUUUGAAACAAAGUUAUUCCAUACUGUGAGACUUAUCGUUACACACCAGAGAAAACCUGACAUUAACAGGGAGCGGACAAAAUGCCUGCGGUCUCUAAAGGGGAUGGGAUGCGUGGCCUGGCCGUGUUCAUCUCUGACAUCAGGAACUGUAAAAGUAAAGAAGCAGAGAUUAAGAGGAUAAACAAAGAGCUGGCCAAUAUCCGUUCCAAAUUUAAAGGAGACAAGGCUCUAGACGGCUACAGUAAGAAAAAGUAUGUCUGCAAGCUGCUCUUCAUCUUUCUUUUGGGCCAUGAUAUCGACUUUGGACACAUGGAGGCUGUCAACCUCCUCAGCUCCAACAAAUACACAGAGAAACAAAUUGGUUACCUCUUCAUCUCAGUGCUGGUGAACUCCAACAGCGACCUGAUCCGUCUAAUCAACAACGGCAUUAAGAAUGACCUGAGCAGCCGCAACCCGACCUUCAUGAACCUGGCACUGCACUGCAUUGCCAACGUGGGCAGCAGAGAAAUGGCUGAGGCUUUCGCUUCAGAUAUUCCCCGCAUCUUGGUGGCAGGGGACACCAUGGACAGUGUGAAGCAGAGUGCAGCACUAUGUCUGCUACGACUCAACAGGACGUCUCCUGACCUGGUACCCAUGGGUGAAUGGACAGCCCGAGUGGUCCAUCUGCUCAAUGAUCAGCACCUGGGAGUGGUAACAGCAGCCACCAGCCUUAUCACUACUCUGGCUCAGAAGAGUCCUGAUGACUUCAAGACAUCCAUCUCACUGGCUAUAGCCAGGCUGAGCAGGAUUGUGACUUCAGCAUCCAUCGACCUCCAGGACUAUACAUACUACUUUGUUGCUGCACCCUGGCUGUCUGUUAAAUUACUGCGUCUGCUACAGUGCUACCCUCCACCUGAGGAUGCAGCGCUGCGAAGUCGUCUGACAGAAUGUCUGGAGACCAUCCUAAAUAAAGCCCAGGAGCCGCCCAAGUCCAAGAAGGUCCAGCACUCCAACGCAAAGAAUGCUGUUCUGUUUGAAGCCAUCUCACUCAUCAUCCACCAUGACAGUGAGCCCACCCUGUUGGUUCGAGCCUGCAACCAGCUAGGUCAGUUUCUGCAGCACAGGGAAACCAACCUGCGUUAUUUGGCUUUGGAGAGCAUGUGCACACUGGCCAGCUCUGAGUUUUCUCACGAGGCAGUAAAGACGCAUAUAGAAACUGUGAUCAACGCUCUUAAGACUGAGCGAGAUGUGAGCGUGCGCCAGCGGGCUGUGGAUCUGCUCUAUGCCAUGUGUGACCGCAGCAACGCCAAGCAGAUCGUGGCAGAGAUGCUGAGCUACCUAGAGACGGCUGAUUACUCCAUCAGAGAGGAGAUAGUGCUCAAGGUGGCCAUCCUGGCAGAGAAGUACGCUGUCGACUACACCUGGUACGUGGACACCAUCCUCAACCUCAUCCGCAUCGCCGGGGACUAUGUCAGUGAGGAGGUGUGGUAUCGUGUCAUCCAGAUCGUCAUAAACCGAGAUGAUGUCCAAGGCUACGCUGCCAAAACUGUUUUUGAGGCACUACAGGCUCCCGCCUGCCAUGAGAACCUUGUUAAAGUCGGAGGUUACAUCCUGGGAGAAUUUGGUAACCUGAUUGCUGGUGACUCGCGCUCCAGCCCUCUGGUCCAGUUCAACCUUCUCCACUCCAAGUUCCACCUGUGCUCCGUGCCGACGCGGGCGCUGCUGCUGUCGGCCUACAUCAAGUUCAUUAACUUGUUUCCAGAAGUGAAGGCCACCAUCCAGGACGUCCUGCGCUCAGACAGCCAGCUCCGCAACGCUGAUGUGGAGCUUCAGCAGAGAGCCGUGGAGUACCUGAGGCUCAGCUGCAUCGCCAGCACAGAUAUAUUGGCCACAGUCUUAGAAGAGAUGCCUCCGUUCCCAGAGAGAGAGUCUUCAAUCCUGGCCAAGCUGAAGAGGAAGAAGGGUCCAGGCCACCUGCCGGACAUCGAUGACGCCCGGCGGAACGUCAACGGCAGCACGGAGCACAGCGAGAGCAGCGAGGCCACGAGCAAGAGUUCCACCCACCCCUUCACAGACCUGCUGAAUCUGAACUCCACCCCCUCAGCAGGAGGCAGCCUGCUGAUUGAUGUCUUUUCUGACAACUCAACUCCUGCCUCCAUGGAUGUGUCUGAGGAAAAUUUCUCCAGAUUCGUUUGCAAGAACAACGGCGUUCUCUAUGAGAACCAGCUUUUGCAAAUUGGACUUAAGUCUGAGUACAGGCAGAACCUGGGUCGUAUGUAUGUGUUCUUUGGCAACAAGACAUCUACCCAGUUCCUCAGCUUCUCCUCAGCGGUGGUCAGUCAGGACACGCUCAACACUCAGCUGAACGUCCACGCUAAGACAGUAGACCCCAUAAUAGAAGGUGGCGCUCAGGUACAGCAGAUCCUCAACAUCGAGUGUGUGUCCGAUUUCACCGACGCGCCAGUGCUCAACAUUCAGUUCAGAUAUGGUGGAGCCCUUCAGAACAUUGCAGUGAAGCUCCCUGUGAUGCUUAACAAGUUUUUUCAGCCCACAGAGAUGACAUCCCAAGACUUCUUCCAGCGCUGGAAACAGCUCGGCGCUCCUCAGCAGGAGGUUCAGAAAAUCUUCAAAGCCAAACACUCGAUGGACACUGAUGUUACCAAGGCCAAGAUCUUAGGCUUUGGUGUAGCUCUGCUGGAUGGGGUGGAUCCCAAUCCUGCAAACUUUGUUGGAGCAGGAGUCAUCCACACUAAGAGCACUCAGGUGGGCUGCCUCCUCAGACUGGAGCCCAAUGAACAAGCAGAGGUAAAGAUGUACCGUCUCACCCUCCGGACCAGCAGGGACUCUGUGUCUCAGAGACUGUGUGAUCUCCUCUCUGAUCAGUUCUAGACUCGACACAGCACCAGCGUUACCACACAUUUACUCUCCUAGUCUCACCUUAGAUUGGAAUUGAUGUAUUGUACAGUGUAAAUUCUUUUUUUAUUUGACUUACUCUACAUGUAAAUGAAAAGAAAUGUAUUUUUGGCACACAGCUUUACUAAUAUGUCACUGCUUUAAACCUGCCUGUACUGUAUGUGUGUGUACUCACACUGUGAGCACCUUAGCCGACAUGUUGCGGGUGGUGCAGGAGGCUCUGAAUGCUUCUCUGUAGUGUUCUGCAGCUCCAAAGUUUUGAAAUUGUGUGUUUUUUGCUGCUUGAGUACUGCCUUUCUUCUCAUUGAAACAUUUUGAGGAGUGUUUAGCAUUAAUUAGAUUACCAAGCGUACCAAUGAAUUCAAUAAUCGACUGUUCUGAUAGCGUUUCUAUGAGACAUUUUAUUCUUGUAGUGUUUCAAACGAGUGUUGCACAGCACUGGGAAGCUUUCCUCAACUUCUAGCCCAUUUUGCACUUGUUAGAGAAAAAAAGAUCACAUCAGAUAGAUUUAGACAAGAGAAUUUUGACUUGAAUCUCAGAAUUCUUACUUGCUUCACAAAUUUGACACAUCUGUCGUCUCAGGAGCAAAGGCAAAGCUAUGCAUUGUGGGGUUUUUUUUUUUAGCUAAAGGUAGACUUUGAAUGCUAUAUUUUUUCUGUUCCAUUGUGGGAAUUUUUAAGCUUUGCAGAAAUUUUACACGUUUAGUUUAAACAUUCAAAUAAAAUGGCAAAAUCUUACUUUAGUACACUAGGUAGCAAAUGGGUAGCGAUUUCUGAUAGUGAUGGAAUUCAGUGUCAGCUUUUUUUCCCCCUCAUAAUAUCUACAAAACUCUGGCCCUGAUCUCCUUCCACACAGUUGUGCCUUUUGAGCUUUUACUACACUGUUAAAUAGACACGCGUAAUAUUCUUAAAAUCUUAAGCACUACAACACUGUCUCACUACUUUUGCCUAAAUGCAUUUAUUCACAGAGCACUUUCCAAACUGGUAAUAUUUCUAUAUUUCAAUACCGCUCGGUGUAUUUUCUGUUUUAUAAAUUGUACUUUUGUCAUAUACCUUGA